CUUGAUAAUUUCUUUGAAUUUCACCAUGAAAUUGAGAAGAAUCCUCGGUUCUAUUUCGACUCUCGCUAAAAAUAAGUUCUCUUCAUCAUCUUCUUCUUCUUCUUCGUCCAGACAAAUUUUCACUGCGUGUUCAUCUUCUUGGCAACGAGAUGCCUCAAGUAAGCUCUCCGAAGCUUUACCUGGAAACCAUAUAAAAUGGGCUUCGCUUGGUUCAGUCAGAAAUUCGAGAUUCGCAUCUGGGUUUACACCGUUGCAGCCAAAACCUUUGGAUUCAAUCAUGGAUUUGGCCAGAGCCAAGACUAAAUCUCCGGAAGAACUCACUUCGAUCUGGGACGAUUAUCACUUGGGACGAGGUCAUAUUGGGAUAACGAUGAAAGCUCAGCUUUAUCGAUUGUUGGAGCAACGAGCCUCUGAGUGCCGAUACUUUGUCAUUCCAUUGUGGAGAGGAAAUGGUUACAUUACAAUGUUUGCUCAAGUUGAAGCGCCCCACAUGAUUUUUACUGGUCUCGAAGACUACAAAGCAAGAGGAACUCAAGCGGCUCCUUACCUGACUACCACCUUCUACACUGAACUUUCAGAGACAAAGGACUUGGUGUUUAUCCGAGGAGAUGUUGUGUUCACAAGCAAACUCACUGACGAAGAGGCGAAAUGGAUCAUGGAGACAGCUCAAUCGUUUUACUUGAAUGACUCUCGGUACAAGCUGCUCGAGCGUUUCAAUAAACAUACUCAUGACUUUGAGUUCAAGGAUGUGUUACAAGCUCUGGAUAUGCCUGUUCUGUGAUUUUUGCUAAAUCAGGAGAAAAACUUCUCUGAUUUUUGAGUUAUUCAGACAACAACACUUUGUAUUAGAUUUGUUUGAUUUUGUAUGGUAAUAAGACUGUUUCAUGACCAAACUAGUUUUGGUUGGAUACUGUAUUUUGCUCUUAAAGAAACAAUUUUGAAUAAAGUAGCCAUUAAAUU